GAAUAACCCAACUUCAAAGAAAUCAACUUAUAAGAAAUAGUUUCUUCAUUGGUAUAUAAAGAAAUCGCUUAGAUACUCUCUUACAUAUCAACAUAACACAAAAUCUUCUUAUUCCAAAAUUCAAACCAAGAAAUCAAGAGAUGGAGAGAAUUUCUGAACAUGCUAGCGCUAAUCGCAUCUACGAUGACUUCGAGCCGCUUUCGAAUUGGAAAACUGAACAGGGAUUUGAAGCUCUCACUGUUUACCUUCCAGGGUUUAAGAAAGAGCAGCUUAAGGUGCAAAUAACCACCACGAGGAAGCUGAGAGUGAUGGGAGAUCGUCCAGCAGGAGCCAACAAAUGGAUCCGUUUCCGCAAGGAGUUUCCUAUUCCGCCAAACGUCGACGUUGACUCUGUCUCUGCCAAAUUUGAAGGCGCAAAUCUCGUUGUGAGGCUUCCUAGACCUGAGCCAAUGGGCAAACAAGAUUCACCUAGUGGUACAACAUCAAAACCUCCUCUUGUUCCAAAGGAUAACUUCAAGCCUCCUAGCCCGGCAGAGAAGGAAAAGUUUCAACCGUCAAAGGAAGCGGAACUAGAAAAACAAGCCGAAAAGGUUCAAUCGCCAAAGCCAGGAAGAGAGAAUGAAGAAGCUCUUAAAGUUGCAGCCAAGGAAGGAACACUUAACCAAGAUUAUAGAAGUAAAGUGAAUGCAUACAAGGAAAAUCUUGGAGGAUAUAUGGCACUGAUGAAGAAUAACAGAACAGCACUUACGGCUGGUUUGGUUAUUCCCGCGGCUGCGGUUCUAUUGCUAUCUCUUGGGUUCUAUGCCGGCCAAAUGUUUACUUCUUACUAACCUAUUUGCAUAAUUCUCAAUGAGAGAUCAAAUGUAUUAAAAUUUGCUAAUACCACAAAUCAUUCUAAUAAACAAAAACAUCUCCUUGCAUAA